AUGUUUGAGGAAUUCAAGAAGGAUAUGACCAAGGAGUUUGAAAUGACCGACAUGGGGCUUAUGGCAUAUUAUCUCGGAAUUGAAGUAAAGCAAGGAAACGAAGGAAUUUUUAUUACUCAAGAAAGCUAUGCUAAAGACCUCCUCAAGAAGUUCAAGUUGGAUGAUGCUAAUCCAGUUGGCACUCCUAUGGAAUGCGGCAUCAAGUUGAGUAAGGAUGAAGAGGGAGAAAAGGUGGAUCCAACCCUCUAUAAAAGUCUUGUUGGAAGUUUGCGCUAUUUAACUUGUACAAGACGAGACAUUCUCUAUGCCGUUGGAGUCGUGAGUCGGUACAUGGAGGGUCCAACAACUACUCACCUCAAGACUGCGAAGAGGCUUCUUCGAUAUAUCAAAGGUACGACAAGCUUUGGCCUAUACUACUCAAAUUCUAACGAUUACAAGCUUGUUGGAUAUAGUGAUGGACAUUACUUGCGUGCCCUUUGGGAAUAG